AUGCCAGAGGAGGAACCCUUCCCUUGGGAUAUUGGCAUUUACGAUGCCCACUGCCACCCCACCGACACAUUGGCCUCGGUGGCCGACAUCCCGCAAAUGAAAGCGACAACACUGACAAUUAUGGCCACGCGCGGGGAAGAUCAAGACCUCGUACAACAAACAGCAGUGUCACUCUCAGCCAAAGAAAGCCAAUCAACAUCAGACCGCGUAGUGCCCUGCUUCGGCUGGCACCCGUGGUUCUCGCAUCAGAUCUUGGACGACACUGCACAACCAACAGCUGCGCAAAACCCAGCUGACCACAAGUCCGCCCACUACGUCGCCGUCCUCACACCAUCUCCAGUCGAUGACCAGCCAUUCAUUGAUUUACUUCCUGUCCCCAAGCCCCUCUCAGAACUAAUAUCUGAAACUCGAAACCGACUCCAACAGUUCCCGAAUGCGCUAGUCGGGGAAAUCGGCCUGGACAGGUCAUUCCGACUCCCAAGUCCAUGGACUCCAACGGACAUCGAAAACAGAGAUGACCAGCUUACCCCCGGCUCACGCGAGGGCCGGCGUCUCUCAAUUUACCGCGUCAAGCCGGAACACCAGCGCACCGUGCUAAAAGCGCAGCUACAGCUUGCGGGAGAAAUGAACCGUGCCGUCUCGCUGCAUAGCGUGCAAGCGCACGGCGGGGUCUUUGAAGUGCUCAAGGAGCUCUGGGCAGGACAUGAACGGGUUGUGCUGUCGCGACGGAAGAGGGACAAGCAGCGAGAUGCAGAAGGCGCUGUAUUUGAUGAUGACGAAGAUGACGAAGAAGAUAAGACGCCCGACAGAUCUCAGCCCACUAAAGUAGCCGACCUCAGUGGAAAAUCGUAUCGGCCGUUUCCGCCUCGCAUCUGUAUGCACUCUUAUACCGGUUCGGUUGAGCCCAUUCGCCAGUUCUUGCAUCGGUCGAAUCCGUCGGAUGUUUAUUUCUCUUUCUCGAAACUUAUCAAUUUCUCCGGUACUGCUGGGAAGAAGGUCGGUGAUGUUAUUAAGGCUUUGCCUGAGGACCGCAUUCUUAUUGAAAGUGAUCUCCAUGUUGCAGGUGUGCAGAUGGAUGAUGUGCUGGAAGACGUGGCUCGACAGAUUUGUCAGUUACGUGGAUGGGAGUUGCGCCACGGUGUCCAGGUGCUUGCGGAUAAUUGGCAGCGGUUUGUGUUUGGCUAG